UGUAAAUUUGUUAUAUCUCAGUGGCAUUUGGCUGGAUAUUUUAUUUUUCUUAUAAAAUGUAUUUUAUAAUAACUUCAAACAAAACUUUGCUAUUGCAAGAUGUCGCGUGGUAGCGAGUUUGUGUUUAAGACAGAGUAUAUUAAAAACAUAUUAUAUUUUGCCAGUUUGAAAAAUGAUGAAAAAAUCAAAAGUAGGCCAGAUACACAUUAUUUUAGUAUCGAUAACGAACUAGUUUAUGAAAAUUACUUCUCAGACUUCGGCCCCCUUAACCUUGGUUGUGUUUAUAAAUACUGUAAAUUGUUGAAUGAAAAAUUGAAACUAUUUUUGAACAAUCAAGCUAUUGUGCACUACACGUCGUCAGAUCCGAGGAAAACGGCCAAUGCAGCCUUUCUCAUGGGCUGUUACGGAAUACUGCUCUUGGGCUUAUCUCCGAAAGACGCCUUGAAGCCUCUUACGAUGAAUGGAUCAAUUACUUACCGACCUUUUCAAGAUGCAUCUGACGGGGAUUCUAUUUUUACAAUAACUAUACUAGAUUGCCUUAAGGCCAUCAAGAAAGCUCGGGACUUGGGAUUCUUCAACUUAAAAGAUUUUAAUUACGACGAUUAUAAUCGACUGGACAAGAUAGCAGGAGGUGAUCUAAAUUGGAUAGUUCCAGGAAAAUUUUUAGCUUUCAUUGGACCGGUUGAUGUCGACUACAGCGUAAAUCUAUACCAUCCACCUGAAAUUUAUAUGAAUUAUUUUCUAGAGAAUGAUGUCAAAAUGGUUAUCAGAUUGAACAAGAAACUUUAUGAUGGAGAUGUGUUCACCCAAGUCGGUAUCGCCCACCAGGACCUGUUCUUCUCAGACGGUUCGUGCCCGCCGCGACACAUCCUAUUCAAGUUCCUCCAGAUCAGCGAGGCCACUGCUGGAGCUAUCGCCGUGCACUGCAAGGCAGGUCUAGGGCGCACGGGGUCACUGAUCGGCAGUUACUUGAUCAAACACUACCGGAUGACCGCGCGCGAAGCGAUCGGAUGGAUGAGGGUAUGCAGACCGGGCUCGGUCAUCGGCCAUCAACAGGAAUGGUUAGAGCAACUAGAAUCUUGGCUGACAAAGCAAGGAAACAUCUACAGGAAAAAGUGCUUUAAUGAUGAGGAUCGUAUUCCGGUGCACAAGUACGGAGUGUAUUCGAUUGCCGAAAAGGCCGUAAAAGGGACAACCGGCACAAAGAUUUUAUCGAAACGCAAUCCGUCAAGUCCGCCGCCGCCCGUCCAGUGGCACAUGCGCUGCGCGCCACCAAGGCCCCGGGCUUCCAAAGUUCGAGAAGCCGUAAAUAAGCCGCAGAUGGGAAGCGAUAGUAGCACGAAGUCGUCUAAGCACAGUUUUCAGAGGUGUUUCAGCAAAGGAGACCAGAACGAACGGAGCCGAAGCACCACGCGGCGCGGCACAGAGUUCAGCGAGCGUUCCAUGAACCCGUCUUCCUACGCUAACUCCAGAUGCAUGACCACGGUGAAAACCAACAGUAGUAGAGGCAGCACUAAUCUCACCAAUAAUACAAAUAUAUGCGUUAGAAAUGUGCAAGCUUCACGUCCUAUUAAACCCUCUCCAUCGCCAUCCAAAAAGACAGCAGCUGAUAAAAAGAAUACCUCUGCAAAGAGCAAAGAAGCAAAUAUUACCGCGAGUAGAUACGAACGACUUAAUAAAUUAUGCCAUGCCCUCACUGUGACUCCGCAUAAUGCCAACAGAGUCAUUUCCCGCGCCAACGAAAAGGACUCUGCAAUGUACAGCACAGCUGCAUCCCGCGGCUCAGUCCAGUCGAACCCGCGGCGCAGGCUCGGCCGCAGCCCGAGCCCCAGCCCCAGCCGCAGCCCGGGCCCCAGCCCCAGCUGCAGCCCGGGCCCUGGCUCCAGACCGGCGCGGGUGCUGGAGCACACGCGCGCCACAAACACACCGCGCAUCAGCAGCGGAGGAUUUCCCUCCAGAGAUGACUCCAAGACUUCGUUGAGGAAAGCCCUGUCUAAGCUUAAAUGUGUAGCCGGUCCGAGGGACGGGUCGGUCGGCGGGCACUCGGUGGGCGCGGCCUCGCUGGGCGCGCGUCGCAAGGCGCCCGCGCCCAUGCUGCAGCGCUCGCCACGCGUGCGCUCCGACGAGCGGACCGUCGCCACGCAGGGAGACGUGCUCAAUAGCAUAAAAAUCCAGAGAAGGUUACUAAACAACUGCAAAUGUGAUGACAAGUGGUAA